AUGGCAAGCCAGAACUCCAACCCCAACGCGGACCCUAUGUUCUUCGGUGGCAUAGAAGUCGACAUCACCCAAUUCGAUUUCAGCGACCAUACUACGAAGGUCAACAGUCUCACCAUAACAUGCGCAGUCUUCAUCGCUCUAGUGGUGUUGACCGUCGGUCUCCGGCUCUUCGCAAGAGCGAAAUACUACCUCUUCAUCUGCCAGAUCCUCUACGCCUUUGCUAUUGCAUUGACGAAGAUCGCCAUCAUAUCGUCGUACCUGCGUUUCAUCCAGGACAGGACUUUCCGCAUCUGGAUGUACGCGAUAUCUGUGCUCAUCGUCGGUCUAUGGAUUUCAGGUAAGAUGAACCAAGUUCCCGACAAAUGA